UCAGCUACAUGGCAAAAGGUUAAUGUUGCGCCAGUGUGUUUUGGAGCCAAAGAUAAUCAAUUCGGCAGGUUUCACGUUCCACCUGGAAGGCUAGCCGCUAUAAAAUUGGUUCAUCUAUACGGUUACGUGUCCUGUUACACUCCAGGUAAUCUAUGGUGGUCCUACUGGGGUUGUGGCGAGAAUCCACGGAGCGGGUUAAAAAAUCAAGUUAACGUUGUCAUAACAACCUCAGCCAAUCAGGAUAUACUACCGCCAAGCGAGUUCCUCGGUGAUAAAAAAGUAUUGAAGAAAUUAAAGUGGCACAAGAUCCCGGGAUUUAACUCCCUCUCGCCGGAGCUUGUUCUGUCUGUUAUGUCGACUCCUUACUGGAUAGCGGACAACCACGAAUUACGCGUGUGGUACGGUGAAGACUUGAUGAAUUCAAGCGAAGAAGACAACGGAGGAACAGUGUGCGCUGAUGUCUAUGCUCUUUUUGUGUGACUGAAGAGAUGCAAUUGUUGUCUCUUUCCUGAGGACUUGACAUGAGUAAUGGCCGAAUAAAGGAAUAUUUUAGCAUACCUUAAAUUUCACUUGGCAGAAUCAGCCAGGGAGGUUCUGGUAAUUCCCCCUAGAAAACUUCAUGGUAAUGAAAAAUGUCUGCAAAACAUUCUUCAUGAAGCUGUUUCUACAAAAGAUCUGUAUGCGUGCAUCAUUUACCCUCUUCCUUUUAACUCUCGUGGUCUGUCUAUUGAAUAGUGGAAAACAAUUUUCCAUCUAUCUACUUGUAGAUCCCAGAAUUGAUCUAGGUCAAAUGCUCCUCACGCCACUUAAAUGCUUAUUUUGAACGGUUUGCUUCUAUCAAUGAUCACGAAAAUUGGACUACUAAUGAAACUUUUAAAAGCGCCUCAGCAAUAUGAUACCCUUUUUGAAGUUCAAAUUUUCGUCACGUGAUUUAUAAUUGCUAAUUAAGGGUCAAAGUAUUUACUCUAAAAUGGGGAAAUGAUAAUGAAAGCGGGGCGAGCAACAAGUUCUGUUAGGUAUUUUUUUAGAGGCUAUAAACCCUCGGAUGUACACGGGGGGAGGGGGGGUGGGGGGUUGGUUGCGACCCUCACUUAGGUUUUCUGCUUUUUUCCUGGACGAUAAAUCAUCAGCACAUGAAGUUUACUAUAGCUGUUCGUUUAUCCUUCGCGUAAGUUUUGUGAUGGUCAGUUACUAUGGUUACGAGAAAUGACGUCAUAAGUAGCAGGUAGUCAAGCCAUUUUUGAGUAAAAGUGCAUGUUUUUUCAACUUUUUAUACCAAAAAAAGUAAAACUAGGGUACAAAAUCCGAGAUGGCGACCAUGUUUGGUGACGUCACAGACCUGCAGCAACGCCACUAUUCAUAAAAUAUACCCCGUCUUGUAGAGUAGAUCAAAGGCUUUCCAUUGAAGGCAAAAUCGUUUAAAAAUAUUGCAACAGUCAAAAACCCAGGAGGGGGGGGGGUUCCAUUCAUCCCCCCCUUGUACCACUGUGGGGUAUGACUUUGCGUGUACGUCCAAGGGUUAAAAAGGUUCUGAAAAAUUCGCCUUGUAUGAGUGUUUACGUCAUAUAGGAAUAGGUGAAUAACGGAAAAAGGGUCACAUUUCCAAUCAUACCAGGCGAAUUAACGAUUUACACUGAUGGAUGUGACAUUUUGGUGGUGAAAAUUCCUAAGAUUAAGGUUUGCAACAAUUCCCCGUUUAGGAGAACCUGUUUUGUGACGUCAUUGACGAAGCAAUGUUACGUGUUAUUUGAAAUCGCUUUUCGUUUUUUUUUUCUCAUUGAGCUACAUUUGCAGUUCACUUUUCAGGAUCACUAAUGGAAGCAAACAGGUCAAAUAAGCAAUUUACAAAAUAUGAUUAUUUAAUUAGGUGUAGUCAUGCUUUAAGUGGCCUGAGUCACAACGCUCGUCAAACCACGAGCGGAAGGAAAGUUUAUUUUUUCACUUCAAACUUUUAAAAUUUUCACAUCAUUAUUCUCGGGUGAUCACAUGAGUUAACAAUCAACAGCUUGAUGCUCGACUGACACUCUCAGUCAAAUUAUAUUCUAACGAAACACUUGUAUCCCCAGACAAUAUUGCAAACCAAUGACCAAUGUGAACGAAUAUUUUACCAAAAUUUGCCCGACUUUUGCUAAAACAAUCCAGGCUGCCAUGAUUGUGAACUACUGUGUGUUUAUCCAAAGAGCAGUGGGCAGCCUUCAGAAAUGCAGUCUACUUUAUAUCACUUGACACCUCGGGCUAGUAAUUGGCAGAAAUCAGAACUGGUUCUAUGAGAGUAACAAAGGUACUCUGUCCGAAAAACAUUAACUGUUCCGAGCACUUCAGAAUGACUCCACGUCAAAAGCAAGGAAAGUUCCUUCGCAAACUCUAAACAAAAGGUGCAGAAGAAACUCCGUUUGAUGCAGGACGCGUGGUACGGCAAGAAGGGCAAUGAAAUCCAGAGCUACGCAGACAUCCAUUACAGCAAGCGCUUCACGAUGCCUUGAAGACUGUUUAGUAAAGACCACAGCAACUGGCUUCUCCCGCCCUCCUCGGUACAGAUGGGACUCAACUGCUGACUGGGAAGAAGAAGAUCUUGGAGAAACGGGUUGAAUAAAUUGAUCAGGUCCUUAACCGCCCUGCUCAAAUCAGUGAUGAUACCAUUGCCCGCCUACCUCAAGUGGAGUUCAAUCAGCGUCUUGAAAAGCUGCCCACCUAUAGAAGUCCAAAAGGCCAUCAAACAACUCUCACCUGGCAAAGUGCCAGGACCAGACGCAAUCCCCGCUAAAGUGUACAAAGCAGAUGUCGCAGCCAUGAUGCAGAAAGUGAUAGAGGUAUUCCAGUCUAUUUGGAAUGAAGGAAAGGUUCCACAACAGCUCAAAGAUACCAGCAUAGCCCGUAUCUACAACGGAAAAAGGAAACUGCCAGUCUUUUACUGGCAAAAUCUUGGCCCUCAUUCUGCUGAACCGCGUCAUUCAACAUUUUGAGCAGGGACUCCUCCCAGAAAACCAGUGUGGUUUCCGCUCAGAAUGUGGAACUGCCGACAUGAUAUUCGCUGCACGCCAGUUCCAGGAAAAAUGCCAAAGGCAGAAUAGCCACCAUUUAAUUUUGUGACCUUCGUUGAUCUGACCAAAGCCUUCGAUACGGUGAGAAGAGACGGCUUGUGGAAAAUAAUGGAGAAUUCUGGCUGUCUCAGCAACACCAUAACGAUCGUCCAACAGUUUCACGUUUGCAUGAUAGUUAAAUUUCUGGAUGACAGAGACGAGUCAGAAGCCUUUCUAAUGACGAAGGGCGCGAUUGUUCCGACGAAAGACCGAGGCUGUGAGAAAUCUUACAUAUAAGAGCCGGUGUGUCUAACUAAGGAAGGUACUGGCGGUCUUGCCUUAUGGCCAGUCUAUGUCCUGACUUCCACCCGACAAGUUGGAGUCACGCCUGAUGGAUGUCAUAAAGGUGAAAGACACCGUCAUCAGAGACUUUUUGUUUGCUGCUGACUACAUGAAAUGGACUGCUUAAUUCAAGGCUUUGACAACAUCAGCCUUACCGACAGCACCAAAACUAAAGUCAUGUAUCAGACUGCACCUGGCCAAAUGCAAUUCCGAUCCGAUUAAAGUUCGUGUCCGAAUAAAAGCAGUCGAGUCCGAGUUCUUAUUCGGGUCCGAUUGGAAGAAAUGGGACCCGGUAUCCCAGAAAACGACAAACAUCCCGUAACCUUCGGAAGACUCCUUUAGAAUGUCUGGGAGCAGAAAGGCACCAGCCUCCCAAUUAAGCUGAAGAGUCUACCGUAUAUUAGUACUGAACACUCUCCUAUGCGCCUGCGAGACCAUUAGCUGCCUACGCAAACUUCUCCACAUCAGUUGGAAGGACAGAAGUCCUGACACGGAGGUCUUAGAAAGGGCCGCAAUCCUCAGCGUUCACAUCCUCCUACAGAAAUCCCAGGUUAGAUGGAUAGACCAUGUCACCAGCAUGCCUUGCAGCCGACAUGACUACUAAAGCAGCUUCUGUAUAGAGAGCGUUUUCAGGGCAGGUGCUUGGUUAGAGGGCAGAGAAAAAGUUUCCAAAACUGCCUUGAUCUGGACGUUCGACCUCAGUACUUGGGAGUCACUUGCCCAGCACCGUCCAACUUGGCAUAGCAAAGUCACCAAAGGGGCCCGUGCAGGCAAAAAACUGAGCGACCGCAGAAGAAACUCGCCUUGCGCAAAGCUAGAGCAAUGUCCACCUCCACUGCGGCACCCACAUACUCAAGUCUCAUGCAGUGUGGCCGAGCCGUCCUGGGUCAUAUUGCUAUUGCUAUUGGCCAUCUUUGGACCAUCCCCGCUAGUCUAAAGUCUGACGUUAUAGCCAUCUUCGACUUUCGAAAGACAAACAACAACAACAAUCUUAAGGUCAGAUCGUUCAAAUCCUAAAAGCUUAUCAGCCUUGUUCUCAUCCGAAGUAUUUCAAAUCCAUUGGAAUAGAUUAUAUUUUUGCAAAACCGUUUAGAUAAGUCGCCCUAGUGAUUUUCUGGUGUAUGAAAGAUAGAAGCUAAAUGUACAACAGGCUCCUGCCUGCACAAGAAUAUGGAACUACGAUCGAUUUAUAUAUAAGGAGUAUCUGUGAUCUACAACAUUCAAGAAAAUAGUCUAUGCUGACAAUAAAUGAAUUCAAUACUUUCAACUGAUCACCAGUUUGGUUUAAUUUGCGUUUGUUUUGUUGAACUUCACAAAAUAUCGAGCUGUUUUCCUAGAUCCUAAAACCCAAGAUUUUGAUACCGUGGAUAACGACAUUUUACACAUACAGUUACUGUGCUUUAACUGUCUCUAUUUAACAAAUCGUAAGCUUGGUUUACCAAAGCGUCAUGUGGCCCGUGAGACGUAUUUGUAUGACAGUGAAAUAUGCCCACAUUACAUCGGUUUCAAUUAAUUUACAUUGGUUGCCUGUUAAGAUAAAAAGCAUCUGAAUUUUAUGAUUUUACUGCUUUCUUAUAAGGCAGCACAUGGCUUAACUAGACCUCCUCCAGGUUCACGACCCAGUGAAGAGUUCGCGAUGGGCCUCAAGGAACCUGUUGGUUAUUCUACAAAAUGAAUUGGAGAGCUGUUGACGACGUUCGAUCGUAGCGGCCUACGGCCCCCUGUUACUUCCUUUCCCCCCUCCCUCCCCCGCAUGCUUUGGAACUCUCUACCUGAUCUUUAGCCUGCGACUAGGCUCUCUGGGGCUUUGAGUCGAAGAGAAAAAGGGGAGUUUUUCUAAGCUGUCACUCCCUCGCAGGCUAUCGGAUCAUGACAAGAAAAGUCGAUAGUCACUGGUAAAACUCUUGAAAAAGGCUCUUUUUUAAGAAAGCUUUUUAUGGUGACUUUCUUUAAAAACGACUAAAACACAGACAUACGACAAAAUAAAAAUAAAAAUAUGAAUAAAAGCGAUGGUGACUUACUAACGUAUGGCCAUGUAUGUCUUCGUGAAAUAAACUCACGCUUACAUAAAUCGUGCUUGGUACUAAUCCUGGACUAAAUAAGGACACAACUUAGGAUAUUUUACUUGUACAUCCGAGCCAUCACUCAAAGGCCUUGCCGUUUGCAGAGCAAUUGAACUACCAUCAUUUCUCAGUUUUUUUAAGACCCUGGGUAUUGAUACGCCCUGGAAAACGAACCCGCGACCGUCCGAUCUCGCUCUGCAGUCAUGCGCUCUACUGACUUCAUGAGCUACUCCUGCAGUAGUCAUACAAUGAUCUGAUUUGAUAGUUCAUAACUGAAACCUGAAAAUCCUGACCUCAAAAAUCCAUCAAAUAAUACUUAGUCGCAUGCAUAUUCGUAAGUAUUUGCUUGUUACAGAAGUUUGAUAAAAAAACAUGCGAAAGGCAAGUUGACAGUUUGGACCCCCUGGAACUAUCCCUGAGAAGGCUCUUUGAAUUUUCUUCCCACCGGUCCUAGAUUGGUGGUACGAUUCACGUCGCUUACGCAGCGAUGAAGCUGACUCUGGCGUUCGUUUUCGCUUUUUCUCUAGAGGGCGUGUUGACCAUGUUGGCCCAGUCAGACUCUGAUAAAUAAAUGGCAAUUUCGUACUGCAAAACUCGUCAAAAGUGCAAAUUAUGCUAGCAACGAUGUUUUUUCGGAAAAUAGGUGAAAAUUUAAAUGCCCCAAAAAAAUUUUGCCCAAAAGUUAUGCUAGCACCAUCUAUCAAAGCCUAUAGACAAUGCAGGCACCGUAUGCGUUGAUAUCUACCCUCUCUUUGUGUAAAAAGAGACCUCAAGAGAUGCAAUUAAGCUACCUUUACCAUGAAACUGAAAAUUGUAGGGGAAUGAAAGAAUAUUUUUCAACACCGUAAAUUUACUUGUGUAAAUUUACAUUACUCGAACUCCUUUUAAAUUUUCAUUAAAACAAAGACAACCACCCCAUAACCCAUAAACUAUGAAACAAAAUAAUAAACAUAAGAUUUCUUUUUAUUUAUUUCAAUGACAGAGAGUUCCUAUUAAAGGCAAUUUAACUCCAGGGUUCCCGUUUCGAAGCACAGCCAUUAUCCCCAUUCCAGAACAUAUAGGUGGAGUGGGUACUAGCUUUCGGCGCAACGAUUUCUGGGAUCGUUUGGUUGAACAAGCUCCACUUGUGGCUCUUUGAUGGUAGCCUUGAAUAGCAUCGACCAAUCACGACUACCACUUGUCCACCCAAAGGAUCUCCGACAGUUAAAUCUAUGCGCCAUUGAAUUGGGGAAUUACUCAUUCUCUGUUGUUAUAUUCCUAGACUUUCACUCAACUAAACAGGGACUGCCAUUGGUUGAUUCUUGGUCACGUGGCGUUAACUAAAAUCAAAUGUAUCCCGAUCGUGAUACAUUAAACAAUGUACCCCGCUCGGGAUACAUUGCAGCACGUGAUCAAAGCAUGGUGGAAAGUGGCGUGACAGAAGGCGCGAAAAACACUGCCAGGUCCUGCCAGUUUCCUUUUUCGUGAAUGAACACAACAACACAAUCACGAAGCCCCAAGCUAAAAAGCAAUGAUUUUUAAAGUUAUCCCAGAAGUUCCCAGAAGAAAAACAACAGCUAGUGGAGGAAAAAGAUGCAGGUAAUAUAAGGAAAGGACUUUAGUUUGUAAAUCAUUCAUUCAGUGGUUGUGAGAAUUAAAUUUGUGUUGUUAUAACUACCGAGUCGACUGUUUUGGUUCGCUCUGGUUAUUCUUUUGUUGCUGUUGAGGUGAAAGUCUAGAAAUAUAACAAAACACUUAAUGUCAGGUCCCUCGGGAAACCAGUUAGUUUUUUUUGCCGAGAGUCCUGAUGUUUCCCGAGACGAAGUCGAGGGAAACAUCAGGACUCGAGGGAAAACAAAACUAACUGUUUCCCUUGGGAUCUGACAUUAAGUGUAUAAUAAUGGCGUUUAUGUGGUGACCGAAAAGUCGAGGCAUUGUAUCGUUAGUUUUACUUGUUUAUUAAUUUUUAUUGGCUGUUUAACUUGUCCGAUAACAACCUUCUUACGAGCGGACAUGCAGGUCAAAUUGGACAGUUAUUCGGGUGUUACAACAGUUAAAUUGACCACUAAAAAUAAGGGCAGUUAAGAAGCAAUGGGCACAAUCAGUUUGGUGCAUUUUAGGGUGCGUGUGACGUUGUUGACGAACCAUUGACCCGAUUAGUACCUACUUAUCGGCUCCUGAAUGUAGUCAAAGGCAUUAGCUUUCUUUGAAUGUCACAAUAGGAUUGGCGUAAUUGAAGCUAACCAACUUCUGCAAAUUUCGCCGUACAUCACCCCCUUGCAUAUUCGGUCCCUCUUGUCAAGAUAAUACUCACAGUAUCUCGAAAACUCUUGAUAAAAUGUCACUAAAUUUACCAUUUUCGCCACUUCCUCAGUGCUACCUGCAAUUCUGGACAUAUUGCAAACUUGUUGACGUCCGCAUCAAAAAGAGCUGUCACAGGCGUCUAUGAAUUCCGAUCUACCAGUUGCUAUUCGAUCGUACACGAUUCGCAUCUUCAAUACAGCGAUGAAGUUGGCUUUAGUCUUCGUGUUUGACCUUUCUUUUGGCGUUUUCACACUUUUGGGCGAGAAAAUCCCUCAACAGGUAGAAGACAGCGUUGAAGAAGGAUCUGCAGUGAAGAAUGAUAAAGCCAAGAUAAAUUGCUGCCGUUUUGGUUCACAAAACAGCGUGAAGAGAGAAGCCGGCUCAGGUUGGUUGAAUUGUGUCUUACGAUAGUCAGAUAGUAAAAUGAUCACAAAAGUCUAUCGACCGCGCGUGAAGAAACUCUUUUACUCUUUUUGCUCGGCUUAGUCUACUUCAAGCAUUUCUUUGAUUUAUUCCAGCCGUAAAAGAAGAGUGAGCAAAACACGGGGCGGAAGGAGUAGUCUUUAAAAGGGAGGUUCUGAGCCUGGUGGAUCAGGGUAGAUCUUGUGCAUCUACCGUUUCGGUGAUGUCAUAGAUAAAAAUAGGUUAAAAGAAUAGCCUGUGUUUCCAUACCCGGGCUUACCCAAACCGUAAGUAAUCCGUUAAUUUCCAGCAUAAUUAUUUAUUUUGUUGGGUAAUGAAUAGACAGAUUGAUUAACGCAGAAUAGAGUUACAUUCUACAGGUUAAUUAAUGGUAAUGUGUAUCAUGAAGUGGUAUUCUCUGCUCAUUACCUAUCAUCGUAAAGCUAGCCUUAAACGCAAAGUGCUUUCUCUUGUUUUAAGCCAGCGUUACACAAUGGUCAGCGGUCAGCGUUUUUUAUGAGCCUGCAGUCAGCGGUUUGGUUGCGUGGAGUUGCGUGAGAUCGAUCUUGAAGGUGGAGUCACGUGAUCAGGUGGCGUGGGAAUCGCGCUUGGUUGCGUGAUAGGGGUUGGAAUUUCUUCGGAAAAGGCUGGACCUCUUCGGAAAGGGUCUGAAAUGGUCGGGACAAAGUUGCUAUGACUAUAAACGUGGUUGACUGACUCAUGUAUCAUUAAUUAGCAUAGGAUGAUUAGUAGGUCGUUACUCAUUAUGUAGUUUUUUUGGUCUUAUUUUAGUCAACUCUUGUCAAAUUGCCCACAUGUGGGAGUAGAAUUUCUGUCCCCUCAUACGGACACUCACGAGAGCACGCAUGCACAUUACAACAGGACGUUAAACACUUGUCAUCACACAUGUGGGACUAAAAUUUUUCUUUUAACUUAUGCGAAUAAUUACUAAAGUACGCAUGCGAACUUUGGUGGAAAGAUAUUUACCAGCAUUUUAUUAACAAAAGAAACCCAAGUCGUAUUCAUGUGGGAGUGAAUUUUAUGUCCCCUCAUGCCCAUUGAAACAUCUUGUCAAAAAAGACGUACCCAAAACGUGUUUGUACGAAGAGGCUAACCUGUAGUAGUAACAUCGGAUAGUACGUAUGUGCAUUUUAACGUCAAAACACGUACCAAAGACGUUUUCUUACAAAGUCGCCAGCGUGUGUGGUUGAGCAUGUAUUGUCAACCUUCACCUGCAUUUGAGAGAUAAGCAAUUGUCACAUCAACCUCAGGGUCUACAAAAACCACACCCACACCCGACAUUCACUGCGCACUCAACUAAAUACAAUGUACUGAUCAUGAUCUACUCACAGAACUCAAAAGUACUCUCUGUUUACUCAAUGUAGCUCGGAGCUGCUCUUUAAUAACUCAGAGUUGCUCUGCGUUAGCUUCAAAGGGGCUCUCAAACUACUCUGGCUCUGAGUAUAAUUAAUCAGUUGAUGGAUGUCUCGCCCGGAAAGCUCUAUUGACUCACAGCAACGUUGCUCAUUGGUUGCCCAAAAUUGCCCUCACCAUUGAACAGAUGACAAAGAAUUAUUCCAACAAAUUUUUGUACAAAAUAAUUGAUCAUCAUUUCUCAACUUUAAAUUUCCCAACUUUAUUAAGCGCAAUAUUACAACUGAGUAUGGAAAUUCGCUUCUGAUUUUUAGUAACAUAUGAAGUCGGUCAUUGCAGAUCUUAUUUCAAAAUGUUUCAACUGAUCAAGUGUUCAAACUUGCGCAAAACUUUCUCUUUGGUGCCUCAUAUGUUAAGUUGUCGUCUUCAGUCGAUGUGUCUUUGGGAAUAUCUUUCAGGUCAAACAGACUGUCCAAAAGGUAUUUUCGCUUACUGACGGCAGCUUCCACAGCCUCCGUAUAUUCCAUUUCAUUUUCUUCCAUUAAGCUACGUAAUGUUCUCAUAACAUUUUUGUGUACCUUAGGUUAUGUAAAUAUAAGUGUCGUAGCUUUUUGCGUUAAACAGGAAGGAGAAGGUUACAAGCUUGAGAAUAAUUUGGAAUAAAUCUCACUCAUCUGUACAAUGCUGCGGGCAAUUUUGGGCGACCAACGAGCAACACUGUACGGAUGAAUGAGAAUUAUUCCAACAAAUUUUGUUCAAGGGUCACUUGCAUCGGUCCCAAGGGAAUUGAGGUUCCACUGUAUUUCAAAGGGCCUUUGCUUAAAAUUUUUUGAACAGACGCACCUUAUGGCUGCAGAAUUUAAUUCCAACGCUAAAUAAAACUCAUAAGGAGACAUCUUGUUAGUGGGUUUAUGAGUGGUACCACUUCUUAAAGGGAGGUAUAUCUUUUAAAAAUGGUAUAUAAAAGGGUAAGAAGUUGGAUCCUUAGACAGCUCCUCUUUGGUAAAACUUUACUAAGUAGUUCCCUGGGGGAGUAGCCUCCGAAAAUUACCUUCACCCUCUCGCGAAACGCAACUUGGGUUUGGAAGAAUGCUCUCAACUGAGACAGCUGUCGCACUUCUCGCUGAUGAGAGUCUCAUGAGUGCGAAAAGGGCCUAGUCGUGGGUUCCAUGUUCAUCGACCUGACUAAGGCUUUUGACACAGUUAACCACGACAUUUAUAUUAGUAAUAAAUUAAAUUAUUAUUACGUAUGCCAUGAAAGCCUUCCAAAGCUUAAGGACUAUUUCUCGGAAAGAAAACAGCUGAUGUGCAUCGAUUCUCAGUCCUUUGAAGAGCUUGCCAUUACUUCUAAAAUGCCUCAGGGGUCCAUCCUUGGACUCCUAUUGUUUAUUAUUGUCAAUUCAGUGUACUGAAUGGUUUAAGGAACAUAAUUUCCUGUUUGCAUAAGCGGUGAAUAUUUCUUUUCUCUAUUUUCUUUCAGUGCGCUGGCGCAAGCUGAAUUCGUCACCAGUUUGUUUUGGGGCCAAAAACAACCACUUCGGAAGAUUCUACGUUCCAGUGAGUAGAUUGGCUGCCAUUAAGCUCGUUCAUCUGUAUGGAUACGUGUCCUGUGAUACACGUCACACCUCUAAUUGGUCUUACUGGGGCUGCGGUGACAAGAUGCAGGCUCAAGUCAGCGUUACCAUAACAACCACUGCCAAUCGGAUUCUUCUGCCACCGAAACAAUUCCUCACGAUUCCUUCCUUAGAGUGGUACAAGAUUCCCGGAUAUAACUCUGUCUCCCCAGAGCUGAUCUUGUCAGUUCUGUCGACUCCCAAUUGGAUAUCUUCAGAGCAGGAAUUACUCUUGUGGUACGGUGAGGACUUGGUGAAUUUUAGCGAAGAAGACAAUGGAGGAACAGUAUGUGUUAAUGUGUAUGCUCUCUUUGUUUGA